AUGGAGUACUCGCCGAAGUUAGCACUGCUCUUCGCUCUGUUGUCGGCGAUGGCGGCCGCCGUCGUCACGGCCCAAAACUCGCCGCAGGACUUCGUGGACCUCCACAACGCGGCGCGCGCCGAGGUGGGCGUCGGUCCGGUGACCUGGGACGGCUCGGUGGCGGCGUGGGCGCAGGACUACGCGGAGACGCACCGCAGCGACUGCGAGCUUAAGCAUUCUCCGCCGGGCCGGCCGUACGGCGAGAACCUCUACGGAGGAGCCGGUGGCGGGGCUAGCUGGUCGGCGGCGGACGCCGUGAAUGCGUGGGUGUCGGAGAAGGCAGGCUACGACUACGGCAGCAACACCUGCUCGUUGGAGACGUGCUUGCACUACACGCAGGUGGUGUGGCGCAGCUCGACGGCUAUCGGCUGCGCCCGUGUCGUCUGCGACAGUGGCGACGGCUUGUUCAUCAUCUGCAGCUACGACCCACCGGGCAACUUCAUUGGGCAGAGCCCCUACUAG